AUGUGUGAGCGGUACACCGCAGCCAACGAGUACGAGAAGGCGGAAAUGCGCAACGGCCUGUAUAUGCGAGAAUACCCACUAUUCGCAUACAGCAUGCGCCAUCAGAGGGCACUAUUUCACCCAGCCGACUACGUGAGUCGGAUUCUCCAGUUCUGCUCUUAUUAUGUCCAGGUGCCCGACACAGACGUUUUGUCGCUGCAGGACAGGAGUCCUUUUCUUCACAUUUCCCCCAUAAAGGAAAUUUGCACACGUCUUCGCCUCAUUGCCCGCGGCACCCCAGUGGCACCAGACGAUUCCGAGUCGCCGGUGCCAGAGCAGCUGCGGUUUCAUGCAGAGUCAGACGUUGAGAAGCUUGCAACCGAGUGUUCGACCGCUAUGACCAUCGCAGCCAGUAGUGGUGGCGCCUCGGAGACGGAGCAGCUGCCUCUCUUCAGCGGUGUUGCGCCGUCGGCGCUGUUUCAGAAAGACGCAGUGGAGGAGGUCGACAAGGAUGCUGAGGAAGCCAUGGAGGAUCUCACCGGCGAGGAGACAGUGGACGCAGUGCACAGCUUUCAGCCAGAGUACUUGACACUGGACGGAUUUGAGCUGGUGACAAAAGCGUCCAUCUUCUACGACCGCGAAGGGGAGGGGCAGCGCGUCGUUGCGGUGUACAUUCCAGGAGGGGUACCAGAGGACACGUGCCGCGCAGCCGCAGCGGUCCUGGAGCCGGCGGCGACGAAAAAGAACUUGCGGGCGCCAACGAACGGUGGACUGCCACCAGACACCGGGAUCGUGGGCUACUACGACUACCUUACGAAUCCUACCCAACACAAGUGCAGAGAGACAGAAUUCAGCCGCAGGAACUGGGGACUCUUAGCCCAGAGCGAGCAACUGCUGAAGCAUCUCGACAAGCUGUACAGUCAGUUGGCUCCAAUGCACCAUCAUCUGCAAAGGGUGGCCAUCCCGUCACAGUACCAGCUCUGCGGAACAGUCUUCAGCACCAUCACUGUUAACAGAAACUUCCGCACCGCCGUGCACACCGACAAGGGUGACUUUCGGAGUGGCUUGGGGGUUCUCUCAGUUAUCAACGGCGAGUUUGAGGGAUGCCAUCUCGCCAUCAAAAGGCUCAAGAAGGCGUUCCAGCUCAAAGUCGGCGACGUUCUUCUUUUCGACACGUCUCUGGAGCACGGCAACACGGAGGUGAUAAACCCGGAAAUUCACUGGCAGCGAACCAGCGUUGUGUGCUACCUGCGCACUGGACUAAUGUCCUCUGUGUGCGAGAUGGAGCGACGUAAGCACCUGAAUCGGCUCAUUCUCCAGCAACUGCUCAACACGGAGGUCCGCCACACGACGGUGAACAUCAAUGGAGCCGACAGCAGCCUGCCACCGCUGUUUGUGCCGACUCGCCUGGCGAGCCAUUUGGCGCCAGUGCAGCUUUCUGCCCUCGGCUUCAUUGUGGAGCGGGCGGAGAAGCAGAGUGGAUGCGUGGUGGCAAUGACGAUGGGACUGGGCAAAACGCUUGUUGCACUCACGUUGUGCUUCUCACAGCUGCAUCUUGCACCACAGGCCGACAUACUCAUCCUCACGCCAAAGCCAAUCAUCAGUCACUGGGUGGACGAGAAGAACAAGUGGGGCAUGCACGGGCUCCACUUUCCGCACUUCGUCGCCUCCGAUGGGCUCAACUCGUUGGAGUUCGAGCAGCAGCUUCUCGAGUACGAACGUCAGAAGAACAACGAGAAACCCAAGUUGGGCCACAUCUUCGUCAUCAACGGCGAGUACCUGGCAGGGUUUCUGCGACGUUUCAAGCGAUUCACGCCCUUGCUCAUGAUCGUGGAUGAGGGCCACCGAGUGGCUGCGAAAGGGAAUAAAUUGACGGAGUCACUCGAUCGCCUACGCUGCAACCUCCGCAUCGUGUUAUCCGGCACGCCUUUGCAAAACGACGCCAGCGAACUGUAUCGGCUAGUGGGGUGGGUAAACAAAGGCGUCAGCAGGGUACUACCGCCGAAGCGCUUCCAGGAGCUCGCGAAUGACAUCAACCAGUUCGUCGAGGGCGACGAUGGUGCCUUCUACAAUGCAGUGAUGGCGCAGGAGUACAUUCAGGACUGGAUGCGUGGGUUCGUGUUUCGUGAAAUGGAGAACGACCUGCCACCGCUCCACGAUUACCUGUUGAUAUGCGGCUCCUCCGAUGUGCAGCUGGAGUAUGAGGAGAAGCUGGGCCUCACGGAGACGGCCAUGGCAGCCCUGAAAGCCACGGAGCACCGACCGCAUCACCUCUCCACACACCCCGCGUGCUACCUGGCCUUCAUCUCCGACAGCUACCAAUCGAUGGUAAGCGGGUGGACAGUGCGCGCGCAGCCGAAUACGUCCCGGUCGCGAGUGUCCCAGCUGGAGGAGAUCGAUACCAUGCGACUGGAGCAGUAUGUCCAGUUGGUGGAAAACGAGCAACUCGACGCCUUCAUCGAUUUGAGCGGCAAGAUGCGGGUGCUCGUGGAUAUUGUGCUGCGCGUGCAAGCCCGCAAGGAGAAGCUCAUCAUUUUCUCCCUCUAUGUGGGUUCGCAGGACCUGAUUCAUCGCACCCUGACGGCGCUGCGGGUCUGCACAUUUACUGUUCGCGGCCGCGACUCACAAGACCGCCGCCGCCGCGCCAUGCAGGAGUUCAGCGAGAACAAAGACCUCAUUGUGUUGGUAUUAUCGACAAAGAUCGCCGCCUACGGUCUUGACUUCACGGCGGCGAAUCACGUUGUUCUAUUUGACUCGUGGUGGAACCCGCAGGUGGACGCGCAGGCCAUCGCGCGCGCGUACAGGCGAAAUCAACGGAAGCCAGUGACCGUGUAUCGCCUUAUCUCUGCAACCGAAAACAAGUUCGUGCUGCGCUCACAGACCCGAAAGAUUGCCCUGUUCAAGUGCAUCCUCCACGAGCGCACCAGUCGGCAGGCUCUGCCCGACGAGCUGGAGGACUGCGCAGCGAACGAGAAGGAUGAAGAACGGAAGAACUUUUGGGCAAAGCUGAAGACGGCCUCUCUGGCUGGGGGUACUCGGGCGUUGUUGAACGUGUAUCGCUACCAGGAGAGCGUUCGCGAAAGCGAAUAA